ACUACAGUUUACGCAUUAGCCAUUUAUAGGUCAAUUGAAAUAAUCUAAGAUGGCUCUUUCAGAUAUAUAUAAGAAUUCUUCGGAAAAGCACCCAGAGCAAGAUACUGAUGCUCACAGUCUUUCUACUGGUUCCGAACAAAAUGUCGGGGUUGUCCAAGUCGAUAAGAAUGUCAAGGAAAUUGGUGUCAUCUCUGCUGCUUUCCUUAUGCUUAAUAGAAUGUUGGGUGCUGGGGUUUUCUCCACUGGUUCCACCAUUUUUGCCCUUUCUGGUUCCGUGGGUACUUCCCUUAUGAUGUGGUUUGCCGGUACCAUUAUUGCUCUUUCUGGGUUGUUGGUUUAUAUGGAAUUGGGAUCUGCCAUUCCAAGAAAUGGUGGGGAAAAGAAUUAUUUGGAAUAUAUGUUUAAGAAACCAAAGUUCUUGGUCACUGCUAUGUAUGCAUCCUAUGUCUUCUUUUUAGGUUGGGCUGCUGGUAAUUCCAUUGUCGUUGGUGAAUAUAUUUUAAAUGCUGCCGGUAAGGAAGUUACUCAAUGGAACUCCCGUGGUAUUGGUAUCGCUGUUAUUACCUUUGCCUUUUUAAUCAAUGCCAUUCAUAUCAAGACUGGUUUAUUCCUUGCUAAUGCAUUGGGUGUUUUCAAGGUCUUUAUUGUUUUGUUUAUCACUGUUACUGGAUGGGUCGCCUUAGGUGGUGGUAUCAAGUCUAACAACUUCCAACCAACUCACAACUUUACUGAUGCUUUCAAGGGUACCACUCCAACUGCUUUUGGUAUUGUUAACGCUUUAUAUAAUGUUAUUUGGUCCUACGUUGGUUAUUCUAAUGCCAACUACGCCUUGGGUGAAAUCAAGAACCCACACAAGGUUUUAAGAUUAGCUGCUCCUAUUGCCUUUGUCUCCUUGGGUAUUAUUUACAUGUUUGUCAACAUUGCUUAUUUUGCUGUUGUUCCAAAGGAAGAAAUCGCAUCUUCCGAAAGAAUCUUGGCUGCUGCCUUUUUCAGAUAUGCUUUUGGUAACAAGGCUGAAAAGGCUGCUUCUGUUUUCGUUGCAUUAUCUGCCUGGGCUAAUGUCAUGUCUGUUAUCUUCUCCCAAGGUAGAAUUGUUCAACAAUUAGGUCGUGAAGGUUCCUUGCCAUUCUCAAGAUUCUUUGCUACUUCAAGACCAUUUGGCACUCCAUUUGUCGGUUUAAUGCAACAUUGGAUUGUCUGUAUUGUCACCAUUGUUGCUCCACCACCAGGUGAUGCUUAUAACUUUAUUUUGAACUUGAUUUCUUAUCCAUUGAAUGUUGUCAACACUGUUGUCGCCGCUGGUUUACUUUACAUCUACUACAAGAAGUCUAGAGGUUUAACUGAAUGGAAUCCACCAAUUAAGGCCAGUUUACCUGUCGUCUUUUUCUUCUUCUUGGCUUCCUUGUACUUGAUUGUUGCUCCAUAUAUUCCACCAGUUGAUGGUCAAACUGUUUACAACUCCUUACCUUACUGGAUCCACGCUGUUGUCACUUGGGGUGUCUUUGGUAUUGGUUUAGUAUACUGGUUAGUCUGGGUUAAGAUAUUACCAUACUUUGGUAGUUACAAGUUGGUUGCUGUUGAAGUCUUGGGUGACGAUGGUUUCUGGAGAAACAAGAUUUACAAAGUUUCCAAGGAUAGUGUCGAGUCUGAAAUACAUGAUGCUGAAUUGGACAAAGCAGAAGUUAUUUAAACACACCCAUAUUAGUCAUUUUCCAGAUUUUUCAGUUCUUUUAAUGUUGAUUUUUUAGUUUUACUCUUCCUGUUAAUAGUCGCAUAUUUUCUAGAAAGUAUUUUGUUUAAUAGACACAAAUUAUAGUUUU